AUGCGCAUUCCUUCCGUAGCCGCGACGGGCUUGUCCCUGUCGCUGCCGUUGUCUCAUUUGACACCAGACUCCAACAUCGCAAGAAGCAAACGCGACGACACCACCACUAUCUGGGCCACGCCUCAUGAUAGCUACUCCUCGUCUAUUGGAGUUCCCGGUUGCAAAAUUAACACAAAUCGCGUGGCCUACUGGCCGCAAUCCGUCGACUGUAAUAACAUUUGUGUCUCGCUUGAGUACCAAGAUCGCCAAGUUUACCUUCUCCGAAUCGAUCAAUCCGCCGGCGCGCAUGAUGUUAGCUACGAUGCAUGGAACUACCUUUACACUGGCAAAUCAGCGUCCGACAAGCCAACUUCUGGCGGUGCAGUGGCAAUGCAGUACCACAACGUCGAUGCCUCGAAAUGCAGAUCACUCUUACACACCAAAGACGGCAAGUUGCCGCUUAGCGCUGCCAACAGCAUGAAUUUCCUCACCAGCUGUCUGGCUCAACCUCAAAGUUGGGUGGCGCGGAACUACAUGACGCUCAAUAUUGUCGAUUCAAUAUGUACACUGGGUGUUGACGAGCAGUGUAAAUUGAAUUGGCCCGACGCAAAUCAGCCAUCUUGUCCACACAUUCUGGGCGGACUGGUGUCUCUUAAGAACGCACCCGUCUACAAUAUCCAAUACCCUUCCGGCAAGAAGGUGUUGGCAUCAUCUGGCGCAUCUGCUAUUGGCACUGGAAGUGGCAACGGCAAUGAGGAGAAUACUGCCGGCCAUAUUCGACAGCAAUGGUGUUUUAUCAGCCUAGUUGUUUUGACCUGUUUAAUGCUCUAA